AGGAGACGGAUGGAGAGAGUGGCUCCGCUUCCCUCCGAGGAGUGAAGAGAGAUCGCCGGCAGUAGUAACCCGGCCAGUACCCCGCGCGCGGGUGCAGCUGCAUCCGAAAUCCCGUGUGUGUGAGAGUGCGUGAGAGUGCCCAGUCGGCGUGUGUGAUCCCGGUCGAGAUCACCAGGGAAAAACGAUCCACGAGGGCGGAGAGAGUGCGGGCCUGACAGGGCUGAUAGGAUCAUCCGGAGUAAGCAUCCGUGCUAACAGGGUGUGCAAGGCCAACCGCGACGAGGGUGAGACCGCUACCUUGGUCUUGGGUGUCACUCGGUGCGGUGAUCGGGUAGACGCUCACCACGGGCAACUGGAGCUCGCGGAGUGCCCGACGCGAUGUCGCGACGACGGGGUCGUAGCUGAGUUCACGUGGGUGGAAGACGCGAGGCGGACGGAGGAGUCGGUACCAUGUCAAGACUGUGAGAGGGAACGCACAUCGAACACCGCCAUGUCACGAAGAUUAGAAACCUCGAACGAGGAUUCGUACCUGAACGCUGGCAGGCCAUCGAACCUCCUGCGGACGAGCUUCAGCAGCGCCAAGCUAGAGUCCCUCUAUCGCGCCUCGUCCUUGCAGCAGAGACGCGGCGGCCUCGAGUGCUUUCUGCUCUCGGCCCUCCUCUAUGGAGCGCACACGAUCGCCUCGCCUGGCCAGGAGCUGGCCGCUCGCGGUAUCACUGCCGUCUUCUUGGGAUUGAACCUCGGACUGCUCGCCUGGGCCGAGCACAACCCCAGAGCCAAGGACGUGCUCUGGUCGGUGGUGUCUUACGUGGCUUGGCACCUCUCGAUCGGCCAGUUACUCGCUCAGCUGCUCCUCAAGUCCACCGAGGUCACGCCUAGGGACGGACUAGGAUGGUUGUUGCUCCUGCUCUACCUGCAGCUCGCCACCCUGCCCCUCAGGCUCCUGCAAUGCACACAGCUCGCGAGCGCCACUGUGCUCGUGUAUAUCGUCGCGGUGAACUCGGUGCUUGGACACUCCAAGGCAACGGAAAAGAUACCCUUGGAAGUUUUGGUCCUGACGAUAACACUUUCGAUAGGCGCGAUUCUCCUGGGCGGCUUCAGCUACUCUUUGACGGAAUUCCAGCAACGUCGAGCCUUCCUGGAGACCAGACAGAGCUUGGAGGUCCAGUUGGUGAUCGAGGAGCAAAGCGCUGAGCAGGAAAGGCUCCUGCUCAGCGUCCUGCCCGAGCACGUCGCUGUUAAAAUGCGACAGGACUUGGGGGCCUCUUUGGACACGCAGUUCAAGAAGAUCUACAUGUCCAGGCACGAGAACGUCUCGAUUCUCUACGCUGACAUCGUCGGUUUCACGGCCAUUUCCUCUACGUACAGCGCCAGCGAACUCGUAAAGAUACUCAACGAGCUCUUCGCACGGUUCGAUCAGCUUAGCGAGAGAUACGAGCAGCUGCGAAUCAAGAUCCUGGGUGACUGUUACUACUGCAUAAGUGGAGCACCUGUAGAAAGGUCAGACCACGCUGUCCUGUGUGUCUACAUGGGCCUGUCCAUGGUGGACGCCAUCAAGUACGUCCAACAGACGACAAAGAGUCCAGUAGACAUGAGGGUGGGCAUACACACGGGCGCAGUGUUGGCAGGCGUGCUUGGUCAAAGACAGUGGCAAUUCGAUGUUUACAGCAAGGACGUCGAGCUCGCUAACAAAAUGGAGAGCAGUGGAAUGGCAGGGAGGGUGCACAUCUCGAACGCGACUCUGAGCUUUCUCAACGGGGAAUUCGAGGUCGAGCCAGCCCACGGCGAGGAUCGGGAGGAGGCGUUGCAAAAGGCAGGGAUCGUCACCUACUUCAUCGUCAGAGCUUUGAAGCCCUUCAAACCCGCGGUCACGAAGAGCCUCGCCUCUUUGACGGACGCUGAGACCUCGAGGACGACGAUGCAGAACGCUGGGGACGGACGCAACAACAAGGAGGACUCCGAGGAGUUCAGGCAGAGACUGAAGAACGAGCUCGACAGCAAAGGUGGAGGAGCUGACCUGAAGGGCCACGCACAUUGGUUAACACUGAGAUUCAAGGACGCGAAAGUGGAAUCAGCGUUUCACCACGCCGAGGAAGCCUUUUCACCCUUGUCCCUCGUCGGUGGACCGUUGGUGAUGGUCUGCGCCGCCCCAGUUUGGAGGUUUCAGCCGUGGGGACCAUUCACGUGGGGUGGCUUGGGGGUGGUUAUCUUGUUUGCGAUCGUUUUGGCAGGUGCCACCUGUUUGGGUAGCGCUGUCAAGGCCAUGUGGCUCAGGAGAGCCCUAGCAAUGAUGAUGACGUUCUCCCUAGGCUAUUUCCUGCUUCUCGAUAUGAGUAAUUGCGUCGUCAUCGAAGAACCGAUCCCAGCAUUCAACGCCACAAUAACUCUGUCGACGAGGUGUCCGUAUCCCUCCUAUUACUCGUACAUCGGUGUCCUCACGCUGGUGGCGAUCUCGAUGCCCACCUAUGUGUGUUACCUUGGCAAGGCAUAUCUAAUGUACGGAAUUGCUGGUACCCAGUGUUUCAUCAAUAUCUGGCUACUAGGAAGGCGGCUGGAUUGGGAGGACUACGCCUCGUCGCCCCUCGAUCCUGCCCCCUUUCCAUCGAAAUACUGUUUAUCUGUCACGCUGCUCAUCGUCGCCACCUCUUUGGUCAUCGUGGCCAGAUACGCGGAAAAGGCGAGGCGGAUGCUGUACCUUCGUGGUCGCGAGGUUGUCGCGCAAAGGGAAAGGGCGGCGGACAUGAAGCGUAGAAACGGAGCACUGAUAUACAACAUCCUGCCUCCACACGUGGCCGCCUAUUUCCUGUCCAGAGCAAGACACCACGACGACCUGUAUAGUCAGAGCUACGCGGAGGUGGGCGUUCUGUUCGCCAGUAUGCCCAACUUCGCAGACUUCUACAGCGAGGAGAGCAUCAACAAUCAGGGUCUCGAGUGUCUCAGGUUUCUGAACGAAGUUAUCUCUGACUUCGACGCGAUACUCGAUCAAAACAAAUUCAAAGAUAUUAUCAAGAUAAAGACGAUAGGCUCGACCUACAUGGCAGCAUCCGGAAUAAUGGAGUCCGACGACCCAGAGGACGCACCGCGAUGGUGUCACCUCUCGAACCUGGUCGAGUUCGCGUUGGAAUUGAAGAAGGCUUUGUCCAGCAUCAACGAGCAGAGCUUCAAUCAUUUCGUCCUGAAGAUGGGUAUCAAUCACGGCCCAGUCACUGCUGGCGUCAUCGGAGCGAGAAAGCCUCACUAUGAUAUUUGGGGCAACACUGUGAACGUGGCGUCCAGGAUGGAGAGCACAGGAAAAGUCGGUUGUAUCCAGGUCACAGAUGAAACUCGAAGGAUCCUCGAGCCGUUCGGGUUCGGUUUCGACAAACGCGGCCUCGUGUUCGUGAAGGGCAAGGGUCAGCUGUUGACCCACUACCUAGUGUCCAAAGACGGCGUCUCCUUGAAUCUGGACAGCGACCUGCCUGUCGAACCUACUCAUCCCAUCAUCUACCAGUAGGCUACUACUCGAAGGCUCUAAAUUUCAACGCAAACUCUUCCUUGCUAGCGAGGAAUAGUUUCUCUAUCUCGAAGAUCCUCGAGGAAACGAUUCGAGGGAUCGUCGCUGGAAAACGACGAGCGAGAUCUCCGAGUUCGAAUCGACGCCAGUCUCGUGGGGAUUUCGAACAAGUUCGAACGAUCUUAGGCAGCUCUAGGUGUGUUAGCCUUCUAGAGUUAAAGAGGAGAAACGGAUGGAAAAUGGAGGAUAGAAUGGGUCGACCUUGGGGAAUCGAGGAUCACUGGAUCCAAGGAUCAAGAACAGAGCUGAAACGGCUUUGAUCGGUUCCGUCGAUUGAAAGAUCAUUUAGUUUCGAACGUUUGUCAUUUUUAAUAGAUUUUCUAUCGCUAUGAGGCUUCGGGCCGCGACUUUCGUUCAGUCCGUAAAUUUUUGACCGUUCACCAAUCGGUUUACGAUCAACUCACUUGAAUCCUCCGAUGCAUCUUUCAAUGGGAGACUUAACCAUCUGGUAGAAUAAUUUCUCUUUCAAGGAGAAGCUCGCGCGAGCAGUACUGACGAAAAAUUUGCCUAACUCGAGGAACUCUUAAAACUGUGUUCAAACGAAGAGUCGUUGAAAAGAGUACCCAGCUCUGGUUGAACAAUCAACGUAGCCGAUUUAAGGAGAACGUUCAUCGAUGACAAAGAACAAGAUACAAAUCGAGGAAUAAUCAUGUUCACCGAAGAGAAUAUUGCGUUAUAGAGUGGAUGUCGGCAUGAAAGUGAUGAAAGCUUCAUGAUGUCUCAACUGUGAACGUCGUGAGUUGUUUUAGCUAAGAUCAGGUCUUUAAGGGAGUCCUAUGACAAGGAUGAACCAAAACGAAAUGGAGCUGUGAUGCAAAAAGAAGAGUCGACAGUAGGCUGACUUCGAGGAAUUGAUGAAGCAGGAGGCUGAAUUCAGGAGCUAUCGAAAAUUCAUCGAUCUGCUUUUACGAGCAUCCCUGAAUUACAGACGUUUUAUAUUGAUUAGAAAUUCUGCGCCGAUCUGAAGGUCGAUCUGAUUGCGAAACAGUUCGAAAAUGUCUAGAGCAAGCGUGACCAGAAUUUAGGCAGAUGAUAAAUGGGACGUUGAAGACUUUAGUGCAAAAACAGGUCUUCUCCAUCUUCGACCAUUUCCAGGCCUGAAUGUGUCCUACAAAUUAAAAAACUAAUUAUAGUUCAUUUCCUGAGAAAUGUUCAUUGUUUUGUCGAUGAUCCAUUCUUGCACUGGGGUCUUCGAUUGAGAAACGAGGAAAGAAAGAAACGUGUAGUUGACCCAUCGAUCGUUCACGUCACUCUAGAAUCGAUACGUAACUUAAGAAAGUGUCUAAAUCGUAAUCGUUGUGGUAGAUCGCUGAUCGUGACACUAUUUUUCUAGAUCCUGCGACGAGCACGCUCGAUAUUAAUUAACGGACGAUCGAUUAGUGGUAGACGAAGAAUCGUCGUUUUUCUCAAUGUUCAUUGAUACAUGGAAAAUAUUGUGCUUUAGGGAUUCGAGAAUUUUCCAAAUAUUAAGGAACACCCUGUGCAAUGCGUUUUCUCGAUCAUCGGUAUCGUCAACUGUGUACUUUCUUAAGAUCUCGCUCGAAUCAUCGUAACUGAAAAUUCUUCCUGAAAAGAUAACUGAAAAAGGGCUAGAAUUGCAACGAGGACUCAGUGGCCGAGCGUGUAGCGUUCUUGCUUGCAACGAAAGGGUUAAAAAAAAAGGGUCAAGUUCGCGGAUUUGAAUCCCAACUGGCUGAAAUUUUACUAAGCUCCCUUUUUCCUCUAAAACUAUACAAUUCAACUCAAUUACGUCCUAACAUUCUUAUAAAAGAAUCGAUUAUCCGACAUUUAAAAUUUCAAUUGUUGCAAUAACUGAAUCGUUGACUGAGACCGGUGCAGUAGUUGGAUCAUGAUGCAGUAUUGGGCAAAAUGCAAUCCACGAUUAAUGCUAUCAACUAUGAAAAUAAAAAAAUCGAAUACGAUUAGCUCUGCUACGAUUGCAGAUUAUACAAACGUAGUUUACAAUUAAUCUGACAAUUGUAAGUGAGUAUCGCGAAGUGGAUCACUGCACAACUCUGUGGUGUAAUUGCCGUAACAUCUGAGUCACAGAAGCGAUUAUUAUUGUAAUACGAAUUGCAAUUCAGUGUGUAGCUACUGUCGAAAAAAAAGUACUCUUCAACUAUCGAACAUGAAAGUAUGAAAUUGUGUAUUGUAAAUUUAGUAGAAACUCGACGAAUUUCGUCUUUCGUGGAACUCUCUAUUUCGUAGAAUCGCGAAAGAAAAUGACAAUUGCAACGAGACGAAACGACAUUAUGGGAAACAUCGAAACUGUACACGAAAAGUUCCAUGGCAACUUUUGUCUGAAAGUCUGUCUGCUGGCAAAAUAUAAGAAUGGAACAUGGUAGAACCGAAUGUGUAUGUGAAGGAAUGUAUCCGCUUCAUUGAUUGGUAAAGAUGAACACAAAUGGGAACUGUAAUCUCAUAAUCUAGAAGAAUAUUUAGAAAAAAGUCUGUUAAAAAUACAAGCGCUGUUUCAAAAUUAAAAUCGAUAACCGAAUUUUAAUAGUUUUCAAUACAAUCUAUCCUCUGUGAUUUACAUACGAAGAAAGGUUAAUAAUUUAAUUUACAUGGUUUUAUAAUAAGUAUUGUACUACAGAAUGAAUUGAGAAAGUGCUUGCAUGUUUAACAAACUCGAUUCAAGUAAGAAUCAUUCCGAUCAGAACUUUGCUAUCUAUUACAUUUUGGUGUACUCGCUACGUUUGAACUAUGAAGUACGAAUGCAUAGCGAGGCCCAUUUCAUCGGGGCCGUCGACGAAAGAAUCUCUAUAGUUUUAAUUUAACUAUAUUUUUCUGCGAACAGAGUCGUCGAUUUAUAUUAGAAAAAUGUUUGAACGGGCGGAGGUUUCUUAGGAGCUUAGAUCCGAUUUACUUCUCGAAUAUACAAGGCAUUUCAUCGAGUUCCCAACAUUGCACGCUGUCAAAUGACUCUUGAGAUCGAAAUAGGACGAAUUGUAACAGUAAAAUUUCCUCGAAAGACUUCUCAUUUCAUAGUUAUUUGCGUUUGAAGGCAUUUAGACGCGCAACCCCUACUUGCACCAGCGUUAAUUACGUAACGAAGACUUGGACAAAAAGAAAGUUUCUCAUCGAAUUCGUCUUAUCUUGUGAUCAAGUAUCGUUUGGUCGUACUCUAACGGGCUUCGUGAGACAUCUCGUAUCGAGUCAUCCGUAGUGACUAUAACACUCCAACACGGUCGCUGAUAUAAUAAUUUAUUUUUCUACAGUUUGAGUCACCGAGUUGAUCACAGACCAAGAUGAUGACUCGAGUACGUUACAACGCACACACGAUCACGAUGGAAGAUACAAAGUCGCGAUUAUAAUCCUUUUGUCGGAGACUAUUAGUUUAUAAUAGCGCGAGGUUGGAAUUAGUCCAGCCAGGCGCGCUCGAAUCGAACACACAAACUUUAUAGUUAAGUAUGAAACGUCUGAACAAGUUGCAAACUUGUCGUUCGCACUAAUAAGUUCUUUUUUUAACUCGAACGUCACAAUUUUCAAAUCGAACAUGAUUUUACUCCAACGAUAGUUUGCGAGAAAACUGCGUAUCUUGAAUGGUUGGACUUUAUCUUACGAAAUGUUCUUUUCUAACGAUGAAUGUAUAUAUAUUUUCGUGACUCGCGGUCCGAAAGGGUUGAAAAUAUUAGUAGCGGCGAAGAGAAAGUGGUGCGACCGAAUAACGAGAAAGCACGGCCUAAGCGGAAACGAAAAAUUGGGCAGACUGAAUGGAUGUAGCGAUAGAAGCCACGGAGAACUCGAAACGAACUCUUUUGAAGGAAAGUAGAAUUCGAACUCUUCCAAUUCAUUUAGCGAACCUUCAAUUGCUAAAACGAUCUUGGUUUCUAAUCACGAAACGAUUUUUCAACUAACUGGAACUAGAGAAAUCGAGCUAGUCCUACUGAGAUAACAGUAAUCCUCGCUUAUAUGUUACACGCCAGAGAUGUGCAUUAUCUAGAUAAAAAUAUUAAUUAAAUAAAAAAUCGAGUAAAGAUACUUUAUCUUUAUCUUUAUUCGAUGACUGUCGGAUAAAAAAAUGUAUUCGACGGAUAAAUUGAAUCCCACGUGAAGUAACUAUCUCACUUCAUUCACAAAUUCCAUGCACCGAAUGAAUAAAAAUAAUCGCAAGAAUGACACAGUACCCUGUAAACGAGAAAGAAUCCGUAUCAUUUAUGCGGGGAUUACCGUGCAAGUCCCUCGAUUCGACACAGCGACCAAACUUACCACUAUCGUCAUCUUCGUCGAUCGUUUUCCUUCAAAAAGGAAUCUUUCCUUCGCCAGAGUUUCGGAAUCGCACAAAAGGAUAAAGCUGGAAAAGGGAUUGUCGCGCGAUGACUCGAUCUCAAAUCUUUUCCACUGGUAUCGCGUACUUCCAGUUGAUAUCCCAAAAAUCGACACAGUCCCACGCAUCCUCCGCGCACGGAACAGAGACUAACGAUGGAGAGUCCAAGGAAGACAGCGAAACAUGGCACACUCAAGCUAACGUUCACGUCGGACCUGGUUGGUGAUCUUGUAAAGUAGCAAUAAAAGGAACUACGUGUACAUACGUUGCGUAUUAUAUUUGAACGACAGGUCGAAAGAAUACGAGGGAAGGUGAACGGUUGUCUUUCAAAGUCGUUGGAACUACUAGAAGGGGUUGCAACGACCCGGCCGAAUGUGUGUAUAGUCGUGUAAGGAGAAUUAUAUCAUUGUAGAUAUCCUAGUACCUUAGAUGUGAGACUACGAAAAGGGAACAGUUGUUGUAAACUAUCAAAGUAUACUUCUUCAGACGGAGUGACACGCCGGGGACACGCGGGGGGCGAGUGGAAUCAUGCGACUGUAAAAUAAACGGCCCCUUUGCCGAUGUACACAAAUGUGAUUAUUUUUCUCCCU